CGCAUACGAACACACACACACACUUCUGUUAUAUGGAUGUGAGUUCACUAGCUUUAUCUAUUGCACGCUUAAUAAAGCAAACACAUAUUUCACACUUGGCGUUGCUGUUUUACAUGUGCAAUUGCGCUGCGACCACCCAGCUGUGUGUGUGUGUGUGUGUGUGUCUGUGUGUUUGUGUGUCUGUGUGUGUGUGCUCCACCCCACCUCCUGUCCCGACUCGGCUCGCAUGCAUCUCCCGUUUUCUGGAGGAUGGCGAGGUGUCCUCGGCCUGUCUGUCCUUCUGUUGCUCUUUUGUAUGUGUGUGUAUGUGUUCUGGUUUUUCUAUCAAGUUGUGUGACCGGCCUUGCCAAUAAAUCCCCAGUUUCAUUUGUUCUUGUAGCAACAAUUUGGAUCAAAAAUAAAAAGGUAGUUCCACGUAUUCCCGCUUUCUUGGUUUUCAGGCCGAAUCGUCGUUUUCUUGCGCAACAUAUGGUCUUCACUCGUCUACUUUCAAGACGAUUGAAGUCCAUAUGUCUGAAAUAGGCGUCACGUGUGUAAUAAUUAAAUUUGCAGUAAGUGAUGGAGGCUGUGUGUGUGUGCCUGAGCGCGUCAUUGAGACUUGGCUCCGGUGUUAAAGAGGCGAGCUCAUGUCGACCAAGUGGGGGUGGGGGGGGGGGGGGGCGAGGAAGUGCUUCUGUGGCCAGACGAGCAUUUACUUCCUGGAAGCUUUUCAGGAUGGAGACUGGGUUUGCCUGCCAAAUCUCCUCCACUUCCACCCCCACCCCCCCCCCCAUACACCCCAAAAUCAACUUGGUACCAUGCAGACGUCGUGUUGGACGACGGCAGAUGUCUCCUGUCGAUCCAUCCGGAAAAGAGGAAGAGAAGAAAGACGGGGACACUUGAUGAGAAGAAGAAGGGGAUCGUCACAACAACCGAGAGUGUCGAUGAGUGCAGGAGGGUCCCCGGGGACCCGCCGAGCACGUGGUCCGCACUGCCAUGAGACGUCAGCGGCAGAUGGCACCAUCGCCGCCAUGCAUACCGGCUGCUGGCACCAGUGGCAGACAGUCCUGCAAGAAGACGACGACGAGGAGGGAGGAGGAGGAGCAGAGGAGGGAGUGUGGAGGACUCGGUGUGCUCUUGUCAUUAUUGUUGUCAUCUUUUUAGGGGGUGCGGGAGCGAGAGGUUUGGGAGCAUGCAGGCUACGCGUUGACCCCCCCCCCCCCCCCUUCCCUGCAUGGUGAGUUGCAUUUUGUGUUCAACUUGUGCUUUUUGUCAUCCAUAAAAAAAAAAGUUGGAAUGCCUUUAGGGGUGCAACUGUGGCUGCCAAUAAGUUUUGUCGAGGGUGGAAUUACGGGACAAUUAAGUAAAAACUUUUUAUUUUUUUAAUGUAAUGUUUUACUGUUUCAGCGGGAACUAUGUUGACUCUGCCAUUCGACGACGCGCACGCGAUGUGUGAGCCCCGCUUCGGCGCCGGUUACCCGCGCGGAGGUGCCUCCGAGGACCGAGCCUCCCCUCGCCCUCCCCGCCACCUCCACGACGACGACGACGAAGACGACGACGAGCCGUGCAGGUCCGCCGGGGACGACGCCGCCUCCUCGGACCGGGACUACGAGCAGGACGACGGUGGCCUCUUGCCGCACAAGAAGCGCGGGCCCCGGAAGAAGAAGGCCACGAAGGAGCCGCACGACCGCUCCAGGAUGCGACGGCAGGAGGCCAACGCCCGGGAGAGGAGCCGCAUGCACGGCCUCAACGCCGCCUUGGAGAGCCUCCGCAAAGUGGUGCCCUGCUACUCCAAAACGCAAAAGCUCUCCAAAAUCGAGACCCUGCGCCUGGCCAAGAACUACAUCUGGGCUUUGUCCGAGACCCUCAGCGCCGGCAAGAGACCCGACCUGCUGGCCUUUGUGCAGACCCUCUGCAAAGGAUUAUCGCAGCCCACCACCAACCUGGUGGCGGGCUGCCUGCAGCUCAACGCCCGGAACUUCCUCACCGACCACAACGGGGAGGUGGUGUUCUCCGGGCGGCCCGCAUACGACCCGCUGUACUCGUCGUCCGCCUAUCCGGGCUCCGAAGCGAGCGCCCCCGCCGGGCACGGCGGCUGCGGCCCGUCGGACCCGGCCAAGCCGUUCCGUCACUACGGCUAUUCGGGCGCCUACGAGCCGUCCUACGCGUCCCCGGAGGCCGGCAGCCCGCACUUUGAGAGCCAGCUGAGUCCGCCCGUCAACCUCAACGGCAUUUUCGCCUUCAAGCAAGACGAGCCGCCGGACUACGGCAGGGGGGGGCACCACUACGGGGUGCGCUACUGCGGCGCGAGCGGACGCGCGGCCCUGGCGCACGGCUCCAUGUAUCGGGUGGCCCCGGAGGGCCGCUACCCGUACGACCUGCACGUCCGCGGCCAGUCCUUCCAAGCGCAGGGGGAUCUCAACGCCUCCUACCACAAUUAACACGCACAAACUCUCAGUUUUACACCCGCAAACAAAAAAAUGCUUCUUCUAAUUCCCCUCAGAUCAACUGAAACAAAAGUCUGCACUUGGAUGCCGAAGCGCAACAAACUCCAAGUCAGUUUAACAAAAAAAAAAAAAACGUCCCAAACCAGACCGUCAUUCGGCGACGAGGCUUAUUUGUAUGGAUUUAAAUGUCAUUUCAUCGGAUUUUGAUGAAUUUGGAUUGAGCAAUAAAAUGGCAAAGAAGCUAUGCAACGCAAUCGGUCAAAAUGACAUCACAACGGUCAAAGCAUUUCAUCGAAUUUGUUCCCGUGGGAGGAGACAAAACAAUUCAAAAUACGAGUGUGGAGUAAAUUGUCUUUUAAUCGGGUGAAUGUAAAUUAUUAUUAUUGAUUUGAACAUAUUUAUUGACAGCCAUGGAUAAGAGGGUCUAUGAAAGAAUUAUUGUACAUUUCAAAACCGCGUUAUGUGAAAGAUUUUGUUCUGUUGUCAUUUAUUGGCUUGAGAGGGGGCGGGGUUAUUGUUAUUAUUAUUGUCAUGUGUCACAUGCCUUAAAAAGGGACCACCAUUAAUAUGCAAUGCACAUGGUUUAUUUUAAUUUUUUGCAGGGGGGGGGGUUGAAAUUUGUACGCACAAUGUCAGAAACAUUUUUUUUCGGGGAGGGGGCUAAAUUGUGCCAACUCGUUAUGGAUCGAAAUCUUUGUCAUGUUCGUGUUCUGUGAUGAGCUUGUGUCAUUGAUCACAGUUGAAUUAAUAAAUGAAUUAUAGGAGGGAAAUCAAAUGUGACUUAUUUGGAGAGGGGUCCAA